AUGACGAAUGCUAUGAACAUUUCAUCUCGACCGAGACGUUAUUUCGCAUUACAUUACCUUUUAUUAAGGUUUUUGGGACUCGGAUGGUGGCAUCAUCCCGACGAAGCAGACACACGAAACUUUCGCGGUUGGUACUUUUAUUACGCUGUUAUAACGGAACUCGUUUGGGUGGCGGGAUUCGUAGGACUUGAGUCGAUAGAUCCCUUCAUCGGUGAAAAGGAGCUGGAUAGAUUCAUGUUCAGCCUUUCCUUUGUUAUAACGCACGACUUAACGCUCAUAAAACUUUAUAUUUUCUUUUUUAAAAAUCAAGAAAUUCAAGACACUGUUCGCACUUUAGAAAUAGGUUUACAAGAAUAUUAUCAAAACAAUGAAAAAAUUCGACGAACUAUUAAAAUUACACGAAUAUUAACAGCAUCAUUCGUCUUUUUCGGGUGGAUGACGAUUGCCAACACCAAUGUUUAUGGAAUAAUACAAGAUAUUCGUUGGAGGAAUGAAGUUUCUCUGUUAAAUGACUCAACAAAUAUACCUCCCAGAACCUUACCACAACCAAUUUAUAUACCCUGGAACUAUCAAACAGAGAAAUCAUAUAUAUUUACCUUCCUACUCGAAACUGUGGGUCUUUUGUGGACUGGUCACAUUGUUAUGACAAUCGAUACGUUCAUUGGUUCGAUUAUUCUUCACAUGAGCUCUCAGUUUGUAAUCUUACAAGAGGCGUUCAUGACUGCAUAUGAUCGAACUAUCGCUAAACUAUCUGAAGGUAUUCGAACUAAAGAGAGCACUCACAUUGAUUUUAUGGACGUCCACUACGAUAUCGAAAAUAAUUACAGAGAACAUUUUGUGAGGAAAUACCGAACCCAAAAAGAAAUUGAAGAUGCUUUGGAGGUUGUGCUGAAGGAUUGUUUUAAACAACAUCAAUUAUUAAUUAGCUGCGUGGAAAAAUUCGCGAAGACUUAUUCUUAUGGCUUCAUGACUCAAUUGCUGUCUAGCAUGGCGGCAAUUUGCGUAGUAAUGGUUCAAGUUUCGAAAGAUGCAUCCAGUUUUAAGUCAAUACGGCUGGUAACAUCUUUGGCUUUCUUCGUUGCGAUGAUCAUACAGCUUGCCAUACAAUGUUUCACUGGAAACGAACUUACUUUUCAAGCAAGUCAAGUCUCUGAAGCAGUGAUGCAAUGUAAGUGGGAGCUAAUGCCACCGCGUCUCCGCGUAUUGCUCAUUAUGACAAUUGUGCGAGCCCAAAAACCCCUGCGUCUCACCGCCGCUGGGUUCGCUUAUAUGGAUAAUGCCUGCUUUUUAGCUAUCCUGAAAGCAGCUUAUUCCUACUAUGCUGUCUUAAGUCAAAAGCAGGUGUGA